UGUUGAAACAGUCGAUUUCUACGAUCAACAAACGUUGAACAAACGCCUGCGUGCCGUUGCAGAAUUGUAUUGUUUGACAACUUCUUUUUUACUGCUGCCAGAGCUGCAGCUCUCGUCCAAUAUCGCACAAAUGCAAUAAUUAACGAAUAUAAAAUCUCGACAGAAAAUCUGAAAAACGACUAUUGAACUAAGUCCAGUGAAUUUAUAAGUUAGGAUAUCGCGAAACAAUCCAGUGUCAGCAAAUAUUUUGGGCGUCGUUUGAUCAGAAUUACUGGGUGUGUCGCUGCAAUGGAAACCUUCGGCGUAUGUCUCUUAUUAGCAUUUCUACAGCUGACUACGGCACAGCGAACCCCAACUAUAAGUUACAUCUCUCAGGAACAGAUUAGAGACAUCGGAGGAACCGUAGAUCUGCAAUGUUCAGUUCAAUAUGCUCAAGAUUUCCCAGUACUCUGGGUAAAGGUUAGCAAAGAUCCGUUACCUAUUUCAACUGGGACAACCCUAAUCAUCCGAGACAGUCGGUUCUCCUUGAGAUACGACACCGCCUCAUCUACGUAUACUCUACAGAUCAAAGACAUACAGGAAACUGAUGCUGCAGCAUAUCAGUGCCAAGUAUUGAUAUCCCUAAAUAACAGAAUUUCAGCUGAAGUUGAACUGCAAGUACGCAGGCAGCCUGUUAUCAGCGAUAAUUCGACUCGAUCGCUUGUGACAAGCGAGGGUCAGAGUGUACAGCUGCAGUGUUACGCAUCUGGACAUCCGUAUCCAAGAAUUUCAUGGCGUAGAGAAAAUAAUGCCAUUUUACCAACAGGAGGUUCUAUUUAUCGAGGUAAUACAUUGAAAAUAUCAUCGAUCCGAAAAGAAGAUCGUGGUACAUAUUACUGCGUGGCUGAAAAUGGAGUAGGAAAGGGUGCCCGUCGUAACAUUGCUGUAGAAGUUGAAUUUGCACCGGUAAUUACGGCCCCUCGUCCACGUCUUGGUCAAGCUCUGCAGUACGAUAUGGAUUUGGAAUGUCACGUCGAAGCCUAUCCUCCACCUGCUAUUAUUUGGCUAAAAGAUGACGUCCAACUUUCAAACAACCAGCAUUACAGUAUCUCCCACUUUGCCACUGCUGAUGAGUUCACCGACACUACUAUUAGGAUUAUUACUAUUGAGAAACGACAAUACGGGCAGUACGUUUGCAGAGCUGCAAACAAGCUCGGAACAACCGAAACCAGAGUGGAACUUUUCGAAACAAUUAUUCCUGUCUGCCCACCGGCUUGUGGUCAGGCACAUUAUGGAGCAACUGUAAUACCGCUCUCCUCGGGGCCAUUGGUGGCCUUAGCUGUUCUCAUAGCAGCUAUUUUCAGAAAUUUCCAUACCAAACAUUAACUAUCCGGGACUUCGUUGGGGUGCAGCAUCGCGCUGUAUAUUAUCAAAAUGGUUGAUGGCUUGGGCCAGCCUUGUCGUUUUUACCAGUUUAUGGACAUUUGAUUGAUCUUUUGAUCAAUCCGAAACCGUUUUUACACGAUUAUUUUUUUAGCCAUUUACAUCGUAGGUUGUUUUAAGUCAAACUUCAUUCCAGGUUUUAAUUAAUGUAACGACAGUAUACAAGGGUUGUAAUUUUUUACAUAUCUUAACGAAUCGUCAUUCCACGUAUCCAGAAAUCAAAAAAUUGUGAAUGUUAUAUCAUUAAGGUUGACGCAAUUUUCUUAAACAUAUCGUUAUGAUGUCAGUUAAACUGAAUUAUUCGUCAAAGUUUUGAAGAAUAAGAGGAGAAUGUAGGAUAUAAGAGGAAGGGAGGAAAGGUGGAAGGUAUUUAAUCAUCACUUGAUAUUAUUAUGAUAUUAAUUUCUCUGCUCACUGAAAGUGAACGCAUCAUCGAAUCUCGAGAUAGAAUCUAUCUUACAAAUUAAUUGACGGAGCAACUAACUCAAGACUCUAAUCGGGCAGCUUUUUACAGCACAUAAAAAAGGGGUCGAGGUGAUAUCCCUAAUUUUAUUGGACGAUCUUUACCAGGUCCCUACGUUAUAUUAAGUGUAGCAUCAAUACAAAUUAAUAUUAGAAAUACGUCUUAAUAUACAUGCUAAUUAAUGUUCAAGUACCUAAUCAAGGUACCCCAGAAGUACCUUAUGCCCAGGUAGUGAGUAAUCUCAUAUAAGAAGCGGACUACCUUGUUGGAACUGAAACUAUAUUUUAGCGAAAUCCAACACAAUAAUAAAAUUUUUCAACAUUAGUAUACACAGUAAUAAUUACAUUAUAGGUGUUUUGUAUAAUGUUUUUAUAAAUUUGUAAUAUACAAAUCGUCUGCGAUUGGCAAAUUUUACAAUCAAUCUUAAUAAACAUGAAGUAAUAAAUUUUUUUCUAACAUUCCAA